UCCCUAAGCAGCCACUCAAUACAUACUUCGAUUGAACUUGCUGGUAAAUGGAUUUUUAAAUUAUUAUAUUACGUUCUGUAUAUGUCAACAGUCAGUGUUACAAAACUCAAAAUGUUAAUAAAAGGAAGAAAUUAACACGGAUAUCUUACUACUUUUAAUAAUAAUUAGCACAUUUCUUGCAAUAAAUUUCUCUACAUUCACGGAAUAAAGUGAUUCUGAAGAAGAAUAUAGAUACAAAAGAGAAUACAUUCACGUAGGUAUUCUUGAUAAUUUUCUGCCCUGCUAUUACCGAAUUUAUAUUCAACGAUGGCGGAUGCAGCAGAUCUUCCCGGCGCUUCUUCCAGUCAAAAGAUGUCAUCAAAACUUUUAAGGCAAAAAGCUCAGGAAUUUUUAACUUCGAGAAAACGCGCAAAUAAUUUAGUAGAUAUAAUUUCUCAAUGGGAUGAAUCCACUUCGUCCUGCCUACUCACAAUAGAAACAAUAUUCGUUGAAGUCCUAAAAAGAGGUGAUAUGUAUUUGGAACGUACGAUAUCCCUUACUAUUUCAGAGCCAAGCCCUGAAGCAAGAUAUGUCAACUGGUUGAGGAAUUGCUAUGAAGAAAUAUGGGAAAAGAUACUUACAUCAAUGGAAAAAUGUCGACCUGGCAUUCAACUACAAGCUCUCACUACUGCUAUAAAACUCAUGGCUGAAGAAGGUAAAAAUCCAUUGGAACCAGUUGACAACCUGGGGUAUUAUUUUCCACUUCAUCGGUUAAAGCCCAUUUUGAUGAAGUUACUUUCACCGGAGGAGGACAAUGCCAGUUUAAUAUCUAGAUUUCAAGAAAUUAUAGAAUAUCCUGAUGCUCUUUAUUAUACAUGGAAAUGUCUUCCAUCUCUUACCCCAAAAAGACAGCCACAUAAAGUUUAUAUCAAAAAUUUGUUGGAACUUAUACAUAAAUUACCAUUGCCAAAAGAAAUUGAAGAAAAUGAGAUGUGUGAAAAUAAGAAUUUGUUGUGCAAACCACAGCAAGGUAAUAUAUAUGCUACUAAAAAUUUUAUAUGGGAUCAAGCUGGAGCACGACGUGCAUUGAAUAAAGUCUGGGCUUGUGUCAUGCAUUGGGAAUUGACACCACAGUUACAUAAACAAUUAUUAAUAGUUCUUUUAGAGAGAGUAAUGCCACAUUUAGAAAAACCUGUUUUACUAACAGAUUUUCUUAUGGAUUCAUUGGAUGCAGAUGGGCCUAUUGGCUUGCUUGCAUUACAAGGUGUAUUUUUACUAGUUACCAAACAUAAUUUGGAAUAUCCUAAUAUUUUUACCAAGCUUUAUUCUAUGUUUGAACCAGAGAUCUUUCACACAAAAUAUAAAGCACGUUUGUUUUAUUUGUCCGAUCUUUUCCUCAGUUCAACACACUUGCCGGAAGCAUUAGUUGCCGCUUUCGCAAAAAGACUCGCGCGUUUGACUCUUGUAGCACCACCUGAAGAUAUUCUUAUUAUCUUAUUGUUUGUUGGGAAUCUUUUACUUAGGCAUCCUGGCUUGAAACGUCUCAUUGAUCAUCCACAAGGAGGAGAGGUUUCGUCAGAAGAAAAUAAUGGUGCUGGAGACCCAUUUUUAAUGGAAGAACGAGAUCCUUUAUUAAGUAACGCACUCCUUAGUAGUCUUUGGGAAAUUAAAGCUUUACAGUGGCAUAUAGUACCAAGUAUUGCUAGUGCUGCACGUUUCAUUCGUGAACCCCUCCCUUCUGUAGAGUAUGAUAUGGCAUCAGCUUUAGAACGUACUGGAGGACAUUUAUUCGAUAGUGAAUUAAAAAAUAAGGUUAAAGAUAUUAUGCUAACGUUCGAAAGACCCAAUUCAAUGUCAUUACCAAAAGGUGAAAGAUUAUUGCAAUAUUGGCAAUUAACAACAAUGCACUGACUGACAAUAUUAAAAUUAUAUUGUGCAAUAUGCAUCUUUAUCAAGAAGGGAACUGUUUUUCAAUGAAAACGCAAAAAAAAAAUGAUGUUGAACUUCCUGCGUUUUUUUAUACGUUAAAAAAUGUAGUAUGAAAAUAUUGCAUACUUUUGUAUUAUUUAAAGUCUAAAAGUAAUUGCAAUGGAAUUGAUUCAAAAUACAUUAUUUCACGAGCAACAUGUAGAUAUGUAUUUUUAGAUUUUCAACCAUGCAGCUAUUUAGCACAAUAGAUACCAUUUUUGUUAAAUGAAGUCAUUUGUAUGCAUGAAUGUGUGAUAAUAAAAUGAAAGAUAUUUUAAUUUAAUAGA